ACGACGUAGGCGACACCGUUAGAUGAUGAUGAUGAUGAUGAUGAUGGGUUUUCUGUGCAAGUGUUUGUGUUCCGUUCUGUUCUCGAGCCGCUCGAAGCCGCUCGCCACAUGUUUAGUUUAAAAAUAACGCUUAAUGAUCACCAUCAUUGACGGUUGUUGUGUGUGAGUAACGGUAGGAAACCGUUCCCUCAUCGUCUCACGCGCUUCGCUGAUAAUGAUGCGAGAUCGCUCCCUUGCUCGCUCGCUCGCUCGCUACGUUUACCUCACGCACUCACAGUAGCCAGUAACAGUGAGCCAACAUCGAAUCGUCUCCGUAGUGACUCAAUUCGCACGAAGUAAACGCACCGCAAUCGCAACCACACACGCGCGCGACCGCUUCUGUGUUAAGUGGAAGAUGACCAAACACCAAACAUGAGUAGAUACUACAUAUGGGUAGUGUGCGGUAUCGCUCGUACGUUUGUUUUCCAGUUCAUUAGCCAAGCGAUUUGCACUUCAAGACCAACGCCUGUCUGGAGGCCCCCGGGGGAUUUGUGAAACCAUCAGCCUCAGCCUUUUAGCGGCCUUUGGCGGUAGAAGAGGUGAAAUCUAGACCCAAACCCAAAAACCAAAACCGCGAACCGACGCGUUCCAGUGGUUGGAUACAAUUCUCCUUGUGACGUGUGUGGUACAGAAUGUUCCGACAUACCGAGUGAUGCGUUCGCUGUUUAGUGGAACCGAGGCGCGUUGUUUGUGUGCAUUGUGUGUGUGUGUAGUGGCAACUAACGCGAUUAUCGCGAAUACGCGGUGUUGAAAUGGUUUAUUAAAGGAGAUUUCUUUUCAUUGUUUGCCAAACAUCGUUACGGUACCGCAGCAGCUCCAGCAGGUGGUGCAUCGUUACGAACAAAUCAUUACUGUUCAUCAAACAUCAGAAUUCCUAUCGUAGAAUGGAGUUCACCUUAUCCAUCGACGAAGAAAAUGCACUCACCCUGUACGAGGAACUGGAACAAACGGACAUCAAUCCAACGAAUUUGAAUGUGAACUGUUGUUGCGGUCUGCUGCGAACCUCACCUUUCCAUCUACCCAAAUCAUCCUCGGGUUCAACGGAAAGGUUACAGCACGUCAGUCAAGAUCAUCAUGCGCACUCCUCCCAAGCACAAAACAAUCAUGCUGCCCACGACCACUCCCAUCCCGAUGAAUCGUAUGACGAUUGCGAUGGUUGCGAGACCAAAGAUACUAGCGAUAGAUGGCGGAACAAUGUCGGGCGACGUAACAAUCGCUACCGAACCUUCGGGCUGCUCGAGUCCAGUAUUCUGAAUAGCUUCCAGCUGCAAAACUUCCGUCGCAAAACACCGAGUGCGUUCGAUUCCACAAGCUCAUCCGGUCAAACCAGUUGCAGCUCUACAACGUCCAGCAUGAUCGAGGAUAUCUCCGACAAGAUCGAGGAGAUCGAUAAACUCGAUACGAACAUCCACUCGCUCAUGUACAAAUCGGUGGAGCUGCAUAAUGACAUUCUGUCUCUGGAAGCUACCACAAAUCGCCUGAUUGCCGAUACGAAGAAGCUGUCGGAUGAAAUGGACGAUGUGCGGUUUUUGGAUGAGCUGAUAACGAUCCUGAACGGAGACAUUGGGCCCGUGAUACAUCGUGAAUGGCCCUACAAAAUCGACACCGAUGCACCGAUCGAGGAGGGUACACCGGUCACGUAACGUUCAAGGCACGUCAGCGAUACACCAGAACCAGCAGUCCAGUUAGGGAGUCUAUUAGCAAGCCAGCAUCGUGAUAUUAGCCAUUCGAUGAGUAUACCAAGCAAGAAAACAUGAAGAGAGUGUUGGUAAAAAAGCACUAGUUUUCGGUUCAGUAAAUAUAAGGGCCAUGUCAUGACCAACAAAUCCUCCCCUCACCAAAUAAUCGUCGCAGUCUGGACGUGGAACUGUUGAAGUGUCACCACACGUUCAGUAUGCAGCAACGCUAAUGAAGCCACUGUAUAGAAUAGAGCGCCAACAGGCUUCCAAAUCAAUACCGCUGCAGUUGUUACCUUUUUAUGAGAAAGAGAAACAAAAAAUAUCACAGAAAAACUCACUACGCCCAGCACCUUGACUCAAAUAUGAAGAGGCGCCAUUUGUGGAGUUCCCCAUCGAUAAUUGGCUUAUUGUGCUCCAUAUUGGUCCUUUGCUGCUACCAGCAAUCUGCCAUCGCCAGACGCCGACGGGACAUAUUCGAUUUAUUGCUUCCGGCAAUGGUGAGAUUUAUGCUAGGUUCGUUGAAGGCCGCACGCACCUCAGUACAACAGUCGCGAAAUGGAAUAGAAGUAACCUUACUAUCGCCUAUACCAAGAAAAUAUGGGGAUUGCUAUUGGAUGGAAACCGAUAGCUUAGCGUAACCAUUGUUUUAUCCUUGGGAAAUGCAUCGUAGCGUAUGCACCAUCGACAGGGAAUUGAAAAAAUCGCUUUUCCACCAAGAAACCGUGGAAUCAAAAGAAAGCGAAUCAAUUUGUCUCGCGAUCGAAUGCCCCAGAGUGAAAUGGGACUUCGCAUACGCGGUCCUAACAGUUUGCCUUUAGUUUUAUGCACAUCGAACAAACCUCCGUGGGCGCGCGGUGAGCAUAAUCACGCCAUUGAACUUGCCGCUUGCUGUUCCCUGGUCCGCGCUUCGGGUUGGGUCCCAUGACGGCAUCAAACAACAUCCACCUUCUUCUGCUACACUGCCACUCUGUCACUAGAGGAAUGUCACGAUUUUUUAUGUGCCCCAAACCCGCAAACCCAACACCCUGCUCCUGCUCCGGCUCCGGUGCUCUCCACCACUUAAGCCACAAUCAAUAUCGAUUGCACCUUCCGGUGGCCGGUUAUUGCUUCGCAUAUAUGAAUUUAUGCACGCUGUCAUGCAGAAGUGACAUCGAGCCUCGCAUGGGGAAGCGUAAGCACAACGCCCAAUGCUAGCAGAACCCUUGAAUCCAUCCCGCAAAGCCCGCAUACCCCCUGCUGGAGGUGAAGAUCGCUAGGAAUGCAUAAACAAAUCACGACCAAGUGCUCCAAUUGCCGUUUGGGGAGCGCAGACAUUCCAAUUCCCCUUCACCAUAGUCUAGCGCCAUCGCGUCGCCAAAAAGGAAGCAGAAGAAUGAAGUUCUACAUUCCGAUGGAAUCGUAACCGUUGUGCUGUGGAACGGGGGAAGCCACUGUUGCCCGAAUAACUUAGAGCUGCAACUUAGAACAACAAAGUGGCCCGCAGCGCAGAAAGUUUACAACAUUUUAUUAACUUCCACCAUUCACCGGCUGCUCCGGCGC